GCUACCUAACCCUUGUUUUGAAUAAGUUGCCACACUUUUGUACAAGAAGAUGGAUUCGGCCGUGAGUGGCGCGGUAGAUGAUAAAACUCUUGCAUCCCAAUCCCAGUGGGAGUUCAGCUGUGACUUGGAAGUGGAUUAUGAGUCUGAGGAGAAUGCAUCCAUGGUCUAUGCAGCAUUAGCUGUUGAUAAGGAGUUGCAGCCAGAUAAAGUAAGGAGGCAGAUGUCUGUGGGUGAUGGAAAGCUCUCAGUACAUUUUGAGGCAGUGGAAGCUAGAUUUCUCCGUGCCUCAUUCAGUGCAUUUGUGGACAUUCUGACACUUUCCACCAAAACAAUCGAAGAAUUUGGAUCAGGAAUGGAAUUAUAGCAUCUAUUAAUUAGCUUCUGAUCAGAACUGAUUUCUUGAAAUGACAAGUGUAAUUUCAUUUGAGACCCCCCACAUUCAUGAGAUAUCAGAGCUUGAGUUGUAAUUGCAUUUCUUCAUUCAUGACCAUUUUACAGAGUACCAUUUCACUUUCAGUUUUAUCUGUAAUGUAUUUUUAUCGUUUAGCAUCUUAUUGAUGUGAUCAUGGAAGAAAGAAUCUCGACUCCUGAUGUGUA